GGAACAGUGUAAUUUAGGCGUGACAUCGGUUCCCGUCGCCGAAAUCAUCUUGUCUCGGAACCGGGACCUACGGGCUUGCGUCGAUGCCGGUGAGAGGAGAAAGCCCCUGGCGGCUUCGCGAUGGAUGACUGCACGAUCGCAAGCACUGGCAAGAACCUCAUCUUAUUCCUUCAUUUCCAUUCUCCAUUAACCACUAUAGAAACGACUUGCCACUCACAUACUCUGUGGAUCAAUCAACACUUGCUUACUGCAGCAAGGAAACAGCCAAGGAACACAAAGUCUCUGUAGUGGAUUGUAGUUCCUCCAGCUAGCCGUUUGCUGAUCCUCCUGUAGACGUGGAAAUUGAAUUAAUUCUUCCGUGCGUACAUCACGGAAAUUUUGAAGACAUCAAUCAAUCAAUCAAUCAACGCAGCCCAACAAUCUCACCAUGACGACAACCAACUUUGCAUACUGCCUCUGGCUCGUUCUCGGGAUCAUUACGAUGAUGAAUGUUACACUAGUGUCAGCCACAGUGAUGUACGGUGGUUAUACCUUUGAAAGCAUGCCCUCUCAUUUUGGAAGAACAUGGUUUCCACCUGGCAGGAACUUUCCAGCACGGCUUCAAUUCUUGCAUGGGAAUGGCAGUAGACUGUGCCAUGGCAUGGCAAAUGAGACGGAAUUGGCGCUUCCAGGGCUUGUAAUUCCACCGGAUAAUUCUCCUGUUGCCCUACUGGUGGAAAGAGGAGACUGCAGCUUUCAAGAUAAAGCUAAUAUGGCCAUGAAGGCAUUUCCGGCCGUCCGCUACAUGGUGGUCUACGAUAAUGUCCAAUCGAACAAUUUGGUCUCGAUGAGGGAGUCCUCUUCUGCCGACAACAUCACGUUGGGGAUGCUCUUUGUGUCCUAUCGCGCUGGGAUGGCUCUGAGGUCUGUAAUAGAUAAUCAGACAGACGCGGUGACACGGGCGGGUGGCCCCAUGGUGAAACUCAACGGGUUGGAUCCACUCAUGCUCCAUGAGCCGUCAUUGCAGGACUUGCAAACUUGGAUUCUGAUUGCCAUGUCAGGAUUCUUCUGCUUCAUUGUCGUGUUUGGCUGUAUUUUGGUGUUUGUGCAGCUAGGGGUCAUCCCGGUGAACGGAUCGGGUCAAAUCAUCUUGACGCAAGAAGCCAUUCGGCGUUCGAGACGCCUGCUCUCGAGAGAGGAGGUAGAGAGAUUGCAGGUGGGCGGGGACUUACACGACAAAGUUGCUGCAUCCACUACUUCCAAACAUGAAGUAGAAACGCAACUCUCCGCAGAAUCCGGCUCUGCUAGUUUGCAGGAUGAGGGGAUAAACACAACAAUCGUCAAUUCGGAGGAGGACGCUGUGACGGUCGUUCCUGCGCCUCCUCUGGAUCCGGAAGAAGAACAUACCUGUGCCGUGUGCUUGGAUGACUUGAUGCCGAGUCCUGCUGACGGCGAAGAAGCCGCCAAUCUGCUUUGUCUACCUUGUGGGCACAAAUUUCAUUCGAACUGCAUCGUACCUUGGAUGACAGAGCGACACGCAAGCUGCCCGCUCUGUAAGUUUGAUGUUUUGCAGUUCAUCAUGGAUCUUGAUGAGAAAUCAUCCCCAAAGAGGUCCAGCAGAGUUGGUGCGUCUCUUUCAUGGUGCAAAGAGCGAGCCAGAAGGAUGAUGAGGGUCGGUUGGUCUCCCGUGCAAAGCAACGACAGCCAAGCAGGGAGCUCCACGUCUGGAUCUGAUGACGAGGGCGAAGGCAACGAAAGUGGCAAUGAAACCACUACACAUAUAUGAUCUCAGGAGGAUCGUUAACGGUGGUGGGUAAAAGGCUCAAAACCAUGUAACUCUAAAUGAAUACUGAUAGAUUUUCUGUAGUCGGCGACUUUCCUGGAACCCAUUUACGAUUGAUCAUUCUGCAUGAAGGAUCUGCACCUCCCUAGUUAUCUGUCCACCUCCUUCUUCUUGCUGCCAUUCUUCCGAUCUUUCUCUCUUCAACCCACACGAAACAGCUCCACCUCUUCGUUCGUUGUCAUUCUUCCGAUCUUUUUUCUGUCG